AUGGGCAUGAGUUCAUGCUCGGCGGACCAUAUGACAACAUCUUAUGACCUCGGCUUGAUCAGUAUCGGCAUCGGUAUCGAUCGCCAUCCUUCCCUGCACUUCUUCCAUGGGCAUCCUCGGUAUCUUGAUAUUCCAUCGAUCUUCAACUUACGACUUAUUCCACCAUUCAGGAUGUGCUCUGACGGAUACGAGCGCAACACAGCGGUCCUCAAGAAGGGUGGCUCGAGACUCGUUGGCAGCUCCGAUUGGCCUCGCCGAAUCCGCGAUCUCAGUUGA